UACUUAUUUAAAUCAAAUUUGUUACAAAUAAAAUUUAAUACCAAACUGUGAUGGGACUGGGGUGCCUGCUGAGGCCACAUUUCCACUCCCCUCCCAGCCCCCCAUGGUAGAUCAUAGAACACAUAUUUAUUUCUGGUUUCGGGGACACCUCCUUUUGCACCAUCAGUGCCGGAUGAAACGGGUUUGCAGUUUUAGUAUAGCAUGGUUUCUUUGUGCAAGGCGUGCCUGUAAGUUACGCCAGAAGCUCGUGGAAGCAAAGGCUCUUCAGCCCUGAAGGCCUCAAGCUCCCCUGGUGCGGCACCCACGCUGGACAGCCCGGCGCUGGGGCCACUGGGUUAGCAGGUGCUGGCGGUGGGCCUCCUGGGUGCCAGGCACCGUGCAAGGGCCUGGGGUACAGCGGUGACCGAGCCUGCAGUCUGCGCGUGGAGCCGGGAGACCGUUAACUAGUUGUGGGCAGGCCGUGAAGGCUUAAGAGUGCGUGACCUCACCCAGCCUGGGGGCCAGGGCUUCCGGGAGGAAGCGAACUUGGGCCGAGAAGUAACGGACACGCAGACGUCGGCUCAUGGGAACGGUGGGCCCAAGGGAGGACCCGAGAGGAGCACUCGGGGCAGAGGAGCCCAAGACAAGGCCCCGGGGUGCGGAGGCGAGGCCCAGCCAAGGCCCUGGAGGCUCACCGAGCAGCUGAGCACAGAGGGCGCAGGGCCAGGCCUGGGCCCACGUGGACCAGCCCCACUCAGAGCCGUGGGAACCCCCGAAGAUUCUGUGAAGAUCACUCUGCUACGAUGUGGGGACGGAAUCGAGGCGGCGAGAGAAGACAGGGGAGGACUCCGCGGCGAUUCAGCAGAGGGUGGUGUGGCUCAGGUGCAGAGACGGAGAAAAGCAAGUGGACUUGAGAACCGUUUUCCAAGUAGGGUCACCAAGACGCAGCGGUGGACGCUCCAGGCCGCUGGGCGGCGAGGGGGCGACUGUACACCCGGCUCAUUCUUUACCCUUCCAGACCCACCAAGUUCUGGAUCAAAUGUAAAUUGUUCUUUCUCGUCAAUGGCAAACCCCUAAAACACAGGCUCUGCUUUUUCCAUUAGCCACCAGGAGCGCAGAUUUGGGUCUGUCCUUUUAAAGAGGAGAACAAGGCAUCUCCUCUGGCGUUGCCACCUGCGAAGCCCAUCGUAGUGCGCCUAGGAGUUGACGUUCCCGGUGAGACAAGGGAAUUGAUGCCAGAGUGACCGACUCAGGUUUGCUGAACAGAAGUAAACGUGGGCAUCUCUACCAGAAGCUCCAGAAGCGGUCCUGCAUUUGCCUCCGUUUGAUGUCGAUCGAGGCUGUCCAGCUUUCGGACACUGCAGCCCUUCACGGCUCACGCCCCGGACUUGCCUUGCUCCGGGCUGGCUCCUUUGUUAGGCCAGCGUCCUCCUCCCAAGGCCACGUGCUGACCACACAGGGUCGGGAUCUCAGGCACCGUGGGGCUCCAGUGAGAAUUAGUGUCUGGCCCGGCGGCCCCAUACAAGGAACUUACGGCUACAGCAGGGAGACGAUUCCAGGGGCGGAAACCUUCCUCGCUCCUGUGGAAAGGCUGCUCUCAGCUCCCCCGAGGAAAGCUCUGGUGGAUGGAAACUCAGCUCUGGCAUGGCCUGCAGCCAGAUUUUAGGUAGAGCUCAAGGCCUGGGGAAAUCUGAUCUUCCUUCCAUAGAAAUGAUCCUGUAUUUCCUCAACCAGUCCCCUCUUGCUGGAUUUUGAGUUGUUGCCGGUCUUUUCCGACUGUCAACUGCACUGUAAUGACCGUGCUCCUAGCUACGUCUUCUCACACAGAGGUCAUUAUUUCCCUCUGGUGGAUUGCUAGAAAUGGAACCGCUAAGUCAGAGGGAAGAUAAUUCUAAGGCUCCAGAUACACUUUGCCAGAUCGCCUCCUGUAAUAAGGCGCAGUGAACACUCCCACCCCAAACUGCGCUUUCUGUUUCUUCUCAGUCACAGCUGUCUCUCGCCAGCUUCUCCCCUGACAGGCGUGUCCCUUCCAGGACGUGUCCGUGUGCACCCUUCGCCCAGGCUUUGUCUGGCACAUUCUCUGUCCUUCUCUGCACUCCUUCACUUUCCUUUCCUCCUUCAGCCUCCUCGUGUGAAUGAAAACGCGUGUCCUGGGUUCCAGGUACGCGCCGUUCUUAGCGCCAGAGCUGGGGUGUAAAUAUCUGUAAGCUGCGGGGCUUACGGACGACAGAGAGUGCUUGGUGUCGCCCGGCGUGUUGCCACCUCCAGAGAGGACCCUCGUGCCACCCUGCCACACAGCCGCCCACCGGAAGCCCUCUGAGAGGUCAUCUGGAUGUCAGCAUGGCAACCACAAACCUGGAGAACCAGUUGCAGAGCGCGCAGAAGAACCUCUUGUUCCUCCAGCGGGAACACGCCAGCACGCUCCAGGGGCUGCACGCUGAGAUCAGGCGGCUGCAGCAGCACUGCACAGAUUUAACGUAUGAGCUGACACUUAAAAGUUCGGAUCAGACAGGAGACGACGGAUCUUCUAGAAGCAGCGAACUCAAGAAAAGAUGUGAAGACCUGGAGGCCCAGCUGGCACUGAAGGAGGACGAGAAGAGCGAGCUGCUGAAGGAGCUGGAGCAGAAAAACGCGAUGCUCGCCGUGCUCGAGAGCACCACCAGGGGGCGCGAGAGGAAGUACCUGGAGGAGCUGAAGGUGAAGAGCCACAAGCUGGGCGCGCUGAGCAGCGAGCUGGAGCAGCGCGCCGGCACCGUCGCCUACCUGACGUCGCAGCUGCACGCCGCCAAGAGGAAGCUCCUGAGCUCCGGCGGCGCCUCGGACGCCAGCCCGGCCGCCAGCCCCGCGCUGGCCGGCUACAAGCCGGCCCCGCCCAAGGACAGGCUGCCCGAGACGCCCCGGCGCCGCAUGAAGAAGAGCCUCUCGGCCCCGCUGCACCCGGAGUUCGAGGAGGUCUACAGAUUCGGGGCCGAGAGCCGGAAGCUGCUGCUGCGGGAGCCGGUGGACGCCAUGCCCGACCCCACCCCGUUCCUGCUGGCCAGGGAGUCGGCCGAGGUCCACCUCGUCAAGGAGCGGCCCCUCGUCAUCCCGCCCAUCGCCUCGGACCGCGGCGCCGGCGAGCAGCCCGGCCCCGGCCGCGAGAAGCCGCACGGGGCGCACGUGGGCGUGGCGCACCGCAUCCCCCACGUGAGCCCGGCGCAGGCCGCGCCCGCGGUGGAGACGCUGGCGGUGGACCAGGUGCACGGCGGCGGCAAGGCGGCGAGGAAGCACUCAGGGACGGACAGAACUGUGUGAGGCCCGCGGCCCUGCGGCGCGCUCGAGGCACUGUGAUCACUACUAGGAAAAACUCGGCCGCGCCGCCUCUUCUCUUUGCGUUGUAAAUUCCACGCAUGCCAAAUCUUUUCCACGCCUGUCGGCACACCGUUCUCCCCCUGCCCCCCGGCCCUCUGACUGACGCCCAGACACGCCCGUGGCCCUGCUGCAGAAUCCGUAUUUACUCAUCGCGCGGCCGAACACCUGUGCGCCGACUCGCUCGCUUCCAGCCCCGCUGCGCGGAACCUCGGCGCGCUCGCGGACACAGCACGGGCCGCAGGCUGCGUCGCUGCUCGACGUUAACGACACCAGAUAGUCACACGCCUCAUUAUAAAGUCGGAGCAACACACGACGACCUUGACCUCGCCCCUCCCGUUUCCAGGGCGGCCUGUCCGGAGCAGCCCUGCUCCCUCCGGGAGACCCCGUAACCCCCCGACACAGCCUCCCCCGGGGGCGGCACGGGUCACCGAGCACAUGUAUGCUAAGUCACGGGAACUAAAUAAGAUGACGUCACUCCACAGCACCACGACCUGAAUGUGUGUUGUUUUCUGUUAGUUUCAUCCAAAAUGUUCACGAUCCCAACAAACUUUAUUUUCUAAACCUGC